UGAUCCAGAGGGCGAUGUGUGAGGCCUUCUCGGUGCCUCCGGGCUCGGAGUGUCGUCUGUGGAUGAAAAGUUCGGAUAACAGCUGCGACCGUCUCAGGAACAUCCACGUGAGCGUGCUGGACGCCUGUCUGAGCUCUGGGAUGACGGUGAUUAUGGAGACGAGAAAUGCCGACGGCACCUGGCCGAGCUCCAGACCUCAGAUCAUGAGGAACUCUGUGGAGGAGCAGGACUCGUAUCGAGGACAGCCGGGAGUCUGCGGCCUCACCAACCUGGGCAACACCUGCUUCAUGAACUCUGCUCUACAGUGUCUGAGUAACACGCCUCCUCUGACGGAGUACUUCCUGCAGAGCUCCUACCUGGAGGAGCUGAACUUCACCAACCCUCUGGGCAUGAAGGGCGAGAUCGCCGAGGCCUACGCUGACGUCAUCAAACAGAUGUGGUCCGGGAGGCAUUACUCUGUGGUGCCGCGCGUCUUCAAGACAAAGGUGGGUCACUUUGCAUCUCAGUUUCUUGGUUACCAGCAACACGACAGUCAGGAGCUGCUGUCCUUCCUGCUGGACGGACUGCAUGAAGACCUGAACAGAGUCAAAAACAAAGAGUACAUCGAACUACGAGACGCCGAGGGACGACCGGACCAGGAAGUGGCUGAGGAGGCGUGGCGUAACCACCGCCGGCGGAACGACUCUGUGAUCGUUGACACGUUUCACGGCCUCUUCAAGUCCACGCUCGUCUGUCCGGAGUGCCACAAGGUCUCUGUGACCUUUGACCCCUUCUGCUACCUGAGCGUCCCACUUCCUGUCAGCAAGGAGCGCGUCAUGGAGGUCUUCUUCGUCUCACUGGACCCGCACGCCAAACCUGCCCAGCAUCGUGUUGUGGUUCCUAAAGCCGGGAAAGUGUCCGACCUCUGCUCUGCUCUGUCAGAGAUGACCAACAUACCUCCUGCACAGAUGGUGGUAGCUGAUGUCUUUAACCAUCGUUUCUAUAAAAUCUACAAUGCUGAUGAAUCUCUGAGCUGCAUCCUGGACAGAGACGACAUUUUUGUGUACGAGCUGAGUGUGCUGGAGGAGCAGCAGGAGGAGCAGGUGCUGCUGGCGCUCUACCUGAGGGAGCGCUCCCACUACAGAGACUACGGCUCAGGCGGCAGCUCAUACGGCACGUCGCUGUUCGGACACCCGCUGCUGCUCAGCGUGCCGCGCAGCAGCUGCAGCCGGGAGGCGCUCUACAACCUGUUCCUGCAGAGGCUGGCGUACGCAACACACACACACACUCUC